AUGCGUCUGCUCUACACAAAAGAGCUGGAGACGGGGGGCUUUGAGCUGCACGAGUUUGGCGAGCAAGACGUCCCGCCGUACGCCAUCCUCUCGCACACCUGGGGCGAUGGCGAGGUCACUUUCCAGGACAUGACCCUCGGGCGAUUUGCAGACAAGAAGGGCUACGCCAAGAUCAAAGGCUGCUGCUCCCUCGCAAGGGCAAACGGAUACGACUAUGCCUGGGUGGAUACGUGUUGCAUCGACAAGACGAGCAGCGCGGAGCUGUCUGAAGCAAUCAACUCCAUGUACCAGUGGUACGGAGAGGCUGAAGUGUGCUACGGCUACCUGGCAGACGUGACGUCCGCGGUUGGUUUCGCAGAGAGCAGAUGGUUCACCAGAGGAUGGACUCUUCAAGAGUUGAUUGCUCCCCAGGAGAUGAUCUUUCUCGACGAGGCAUGGAACAAGCUGGGCACCAGGGAGACUCUGAAGCAGGCGAUUUCCAAACGCACCGGCAUUCCCUUGAGCGUGCUCUCUGGCUCCGACCUCAAUGGGAUGAGUAUUGCGCAGAAAAUGUCGUGGGCCGCUUCGAGGAAGACAUCGCGAUCCGAAGACCGAGCCUACUGUCUCAUGGGCAUCUUUGGCAUCAACAUGCCGCUGCUGUACGGCGAAGGCGAAAGAGCCUUCAUGAGGCUCCAGGAAGAAAUCAUGAAGGUGACGGAUGACGACAGCAUCUUUGCCUGGAGAUCGGACGGC